AUGGUGGGCUCUCCCCUCAUGGAGGAGGAGGACAUGUACCUGGACCUUUUCCUGGACCCCUAUACCGUUCAGGAUGACUUUCCUCAAGCUAUGUCUCAGCUGUUCAGUCCAAGAUCGCCUUUGGAUGUGCACCCACUCAAUCUGUCCAAUCCAGAAACUAUGUUUAAUUCCCAUCUUGGUGGAGUAAAAGAAACACCCAGUGACUUUUCAUCUGUGGAUCUAAGCUUCCUUCCAGAUGAGCUUACUCAUGACAGCAAAGACCAGGAUGUCACUGGAAACAAGCAUGGACCAGAGCAAAGUCAGUUGCAGUUGCCUGGUGGGGAGGAUAGUGGGCUAACCUUGAACAGUGGCAGUUCACCAGAAUCCCAUGCCCAUUUUUGCCCUGAUGGUGCUGCCUCCAACCAGCCCUUCCCAGAAAAACCAAACUCCGUUGCCUUAUCUGUGGCAUCUAUAUUGUCCAUGACACCAAUGAACCCUGUUUCUGAAAGCUCUGGAAUUGUGCCUCAAUUGCAGAAUAUAGUUGCCACUGCAAACCUGGCUUGUAAGUUGGAUCUGAGGAAAAUAGCUCUGAAUGCAAAAAACACGGAAUAUAACCCUAAGAGGUUUGCUGCAGUCAUAAUGAGGAUCCGAGAGCCACGGACGACAGCCCUCUUAUUUAGCUCUGGGAAGGUGGUCUGCACAGGAGCUAAAAGUGAAGAGGAGUCUCGACUGGCAGCUAGAAAGUAUGCUCGAGUGGUGCAGAAGCUCGGGUUCCCUGUCAAAUUCUUCAAUUUUAAAAUUCAGAACAUGGUAGGAAGCUGUGAUGUGAAGUUUCCCAUCAGACUGGAGACUUUGGCACUAACCCACCGGCAGUUUAGUAGUUAUGAACCUGAGCUGUUUCCUGGCCUUAUUUAUAAGAUGGUGAGACCACAGGUGGUGUUGCUCAUCUUUGCAUCCGGAAAAGUGGUGUUGACAGGUGCCAAAGAGCGUUCUGAGAUCUACGAAGCAUUUGAAAACAUGUAUCCUAUUCUAGAAAGUUAUAAGAAAACCUGA